AUGAGUCCGUUGAACCGAAUCAACCGCAUCGCCUCGCACAUCUGCCCGCCCGCGUCGACCAGCGAUGGUGGGCUCAGCAUGAACGUCACGCGCGCCAAGGGCAGCACCGGCGGAUUCAAGGUCGCCGUGUUGGGCGCAGCGGGUGGCAUCGGGCAGCCGCUGUCGCUGCUGCUUAAAAUGAAUCCGCUUGUAUCGGUGCUGCACCUGUACGAUGUGUUCAACACGCCCGGCGUCACGGCCGACCUCAGCCACACCAGCACCUCCGCCGUCGUGCGCGGGUUCCUGGGCAAUGACCAGCUGGGCGCGGCGCUAGACGGAAUGGACUUGGUGAUCAUCCCCGCGGGCGUGCCGCGCAAGCCGGGCAUGACGCGCGACGACCUGUUCAAGAUCAACGCCGGCAUCGUCAAGACGCUCUGCGAGGGAAUCGCGAAGCACUGCCCGCGCGCCGUCGUGAACAUUAUCAGCAACCCGGUGAACUCGACGGUCGCGAUCGCCGCGGAGGUGUUCCGGCGCGCGGGGACGUACGAUCCGCGCAAGCUGAUGGGCGUCACGACGCUCGACGUGGUCCGCGCCAACACCUUCGUGGCGGAGGUGCUGGGGCUGAAUCCCGAGGAAGUGAACGUGCCAGUGGUGGGCGGCCAUGCAGGCAUCACCAUCCUGCCGCUGCUCUCGCAGGUGACACCUGCGGUGAGCUUCAGCCAGGAGGAGCUAGACCAACUGACCAACAGAAUCCAAAACGGAGGCACGGAGGUCGUCGAGGCCAAAGCCGGCGCUGGUUCUGCCACCCUGUCCAUGGCGUAUGCAGCGGCCAAGUUCGCGCAGGCGUGUCUACGGGCCAUGCGGGGGGAGGCGGGCAUUGUGGAGUGCGCCUUCGUGCAAUCCACGGUGACGGAGCUGCCAUUCUUUGCCUCUCGAGUGGUGCUGGGGCGGCAAGGAGUGGAGGAGGUGCUAGGGCUAGGGCCCAUGACUCAGUAUGAGCGCCCUACCUCACGUGCCCGCAUUGUCCUUCUGUCAUCCUCAAUUCGCGCGGCGCGUCCUCCUCCCAACACGCCGUUUCCUCCUCGUCCGCGCUCAAUGACCGGCGCCGAUCCUUCCACCGCAGCCCCCGCGCCCGCGGAGGCGAGCGCGGCCAGCGCAGGCGGGGAGAAUGCGGAGCAACAGAGCGCGGGGGAGGCGGGGGCGGAGCAGGUGGUGACGCCGUGGGAGGUGUCGUCCGGGGGCGGUAUCGACUACAACAAGCUUAUCGAGCAGUUCGGCUGCCAGCGCCUCGAACCCCCGCUUGUAUCGCGUAUGGAGAAGCUCACCGGCGUGCGCGCGCACCCGUUCCUCCGCCGCGGCAUCUUCUUCGCGCACCGCGACUUCGACAAGAUUCUAGACGCCGUGGAGAAGGGAGAGCGGUUCUACCUGUACACGGGGCGAGGCCCCUCGUCCGAGGCGCUGCACCUGGGUCACCUCAUCCCCUUCAUGUUCACCAAAGCCCCUCUAUUCUUCCACAGAUGCUUCUCGGCGUUAGCCAAUGCCGAGAAGUAUCCGUGGAAGAGCGUGAGUGUGGAGGAGGGGGUGACUGCCACAGCUACUUAUCAUCUUCCUCACCCUCUCAACGCUCCUCACUUACUCAACACCCCCAGGUGGCUACAAGAAGCAUUCAAGGUCCCUCUGGUGAUUCAUUUAACCGACGACGAGAAGUAUCUGUGGAAGAGCAUGAGUGUGGAGGGGGGGAAGGGAAGGGUUAAUUGCCUCAGUUUCUUUCUUUCGGUCCGUCUCCUUGACACACCUUCAGGUGGCUUCAAGAGGCGUUCAAGGUGGCUUCAAGAGGCCUUUAAAGUCCCUCUGGUCAUCCAACUGACCGACGACGAGAAGUAUCUGUGGAAGAGCAUGAGUGUGGAGGAGGCACGGCGGCUGGCGAGGGAGAACGCCAAGGACAUCAUUGCGUGCGGGUUUGACGUUUCACGGACCUUCAUCUUCUGUGACUUUGACUAUGUGGGCGGGUGUGUGAUGGCUGGGUUGGGGGUAGAGAAGAUGAGCGAGGCAGCGUUGAGACCUUCAUCGUCGUGGGGAAUGAUGCGUGACUUUGACUACGUGGGCGGGUGCGUUCUCUUUAAGGAGGGGGUGCGUGGGGCACGGGGCAUCUUUGGAUUCGACGGUGAGGAUUGCAUCGGCAAAGUGGGCUUCCCUCCCGUUCAGGCUGCCCCAGCGUGCCCCUCGUCCUUCCCGCACCUGUUCAGCCGCAAGAACGAAGUGCGCUGCCUCAUCCCCCACGCCAUCGACCAGGACCCCUAUUUCCGCAUGACACGUGACUGUGCUCCGCGCCUGGGCUUCCACAAGCCCGCACUCAUCGAGUCGCGCUUCUUCCCCGCCCUGCAGGGCGAGAGUGGCAAGAUGAGCGCCAGUGACCCCAACUCGGCUGUCUUUGUCACGGACUCGCCCAAGGAGAUAAAGAACAAGGUUGUCCCACCACUAUCCCCAUGUGUAUCCAUCCUUCCCUCCUCCACGACCCCUCCUCCCUCGCGUCAACUGCCAUCUGCCUUUCACCCCACAAUCACCACAGUUUUCGCUCUCCCCCUCCCCCCUCUCCACCCCGCCCUCUCAUGGCCUGUGCAGAUCAACCGCUAUGCCUUCUCAGGCGGUGGAGCAACCAUUGAGGAGCACCGAGCCAAGGGGGCGAACCUGGAGGUGGGUGCGGUGGAAUGUCGAUGUUUCAUGCUGAAUGGCUUCAAGAGAGAGGCGAGUGGACGGUUUUAUGCUUUCCGUGUGGACGUGCCACUGAAGUACCUCUCCUUGGAAACCCAUGCCGUCUCAUGCCAUCCCCACCCAUCCCCACCUAUCUCCACCUAUCCCCACCCAUGCCUGCAGGUGGACGUGCCAGUGAAGUACCUGUCCUUCUUCCUGGACGACGACAUUGAGCUGGAGCACAUCAAAACGGAGUACGGGGCAGGGCGAAUGCUGACAGGGGAGGUGAAGGGGCGGCUGGUGGAGGUGUUAACUGCCAUGGUGGAGCGCCAUCAGAAGGCACGCGCACUUGUCACUGAUGAGCUUGUCGGGAGUUAUCUUAUCCUCCAUCUGUCCCCCAUUCAUCUGUCCCAUCUCAUCUGCCCCAUCUCAUCUGCCCCACCUCAUCUGCCCCACCUCAUCUGCCCCACCUCAUCUGCCCCACCUCAUCUGCCCUCAUCAUCUUAUCCCCUCCCAUGCACACAGAUGGUGGAUGCAUUUAUGGCAGUGCGGCCCAUGCCACACAUGUUCAGCUAG